GCCUGAUGUGCAUGUGUGCAACUACGUCAGGGUCAGGCAACGUUUCACACAUUGGAGAACAGAUCAGCUGUCGCCGUCGGUCUCUUCAACGUUGCAAUAAUUACGUGUAUUCGAAGGGAUUUUUGUAUAAAGAGAACAAAGCAGGAUCAAUUUCAAAUAAAUAAAAUACAAGUGUCUAAUAUCGGCCUUCUAAAAUGCAAGAUCCAAAUGAGGAUACCGAAUGGAACGAUAUUCUUAGGAGAAAAGGCAUCAUACCUGAGAAGGAAAAGGAGCAGGAAAUUACGGAGGAUCAGAUAGUAAACCUCUUGGAGAAUACGAUAGACGAGAAGACAGGACGUACUCCUAAUAGCUUAGAAGAGAAGACCUUGGAUGAGUUAGACGAGCUCGAAGACGAAGAGGACGAACGAGUGCUGGAGGAAUAUCGACGGAAGAGGAUAGCGGAGAUGAAGGAGCUGGCAGACAAGUCCAAGUACGGAGAGGUGCAAGAGAUAUCUGCGGAAGACUACGUUAAAGAAGUUAACAAUGCUGGGGAGGACGUUUGGGUCGUUUUGCAUCUUUACAAGUCUGGCAUUCCGCUCUGCACUCUAGUCAAUCAGCACCUUGCCAGUCUAGCGAGAAAGUUCCCCGCCACUAAAUUCUUGAAAAGCAUCUCCACCACUUGCAUCCCCAAUUGGCCCGACAGCAAUCUUCCCACGAUAUUCAUUUAUCACGACGGAAAUAUGGUGAAACAAAUUGUCGGACCGCUCGAGUUCCGUGGCAUGAAACUGUCUGAAGCAGAAUUGGAAUGGAUGCUGGGACAAGUGGAGGCGGUACCGACGAAGAUCAAGGAGGAUCCUCGACCCAAGAUUAACGAUGUCUUAUUUUCAAGCUUAAGGAAUGAGAACGAUCUUGACGAUGGUAACGAUUGGUAAUUUUACCUACAUCAAGCUAUUGUGGGAGAUUGGUACAUAUAUAUGGAACAUGUAAUAAGUAUUAUGAGACAUUGAUAGUAUUUCAUAUUUUAUUUAUUUUAUUAUGUCGUAAACAUGAAAUCAUCACUUGUAAAAGUACUAUUUUCAACUGCUCUACCGUUCAUUUUAAUAAAGUAUUUUAUUACAAUGUUA